AUGGCCCAGAUGGAGUCUAGUAGUGGCAGCUCAAGCAGCUGCGGCGGAGGAGGAAACAACAAGCGCAAAGCAGAGUCACGUGGCGACGUUGCAGCAGACACCGCCGGUGCACGUGACCGGCCCGCUUCGUCCCUUACUGCUUCUGCUUCGCCUCAACCUCCAACGCUGACACCGUCCGAGUCCACCUCCCCAUCAUCGCCCGCAACGAGCCCUGUGUCCCCUGGCACGUUGUCGUCGUUCACAUCAAUCCCGGUACUGGCUGAGGCUCUUCUCCAGGACUACAACAACACCACCACCACCACCGGCCAUCCGUCCGUCACCUCCGCCGCCAUGAAGACCGCCCGUCCCUAUCGUUCCCACAAAUAUCCCGCCUGUGCUCGCUGCCACAAACGACGGUCUCGAUGUACCAUCGAAAUCCCCGGCCAGGCAUGCUUACUAUGUCGGAUGCAUGGCGUGCCCUGCUCUUCCGCCACGGCCAAGAAAGACGACCGUGUGACUCCCAAGGUCGGCUUCGUCCAUCGCUCGUUGAUCGCCGACGAUAAGUCUAUGGAAGGCUUUUCUCACAUCGUCGGCCCGGUGGUCGCACGUGACACUCAAGUUCUCGACCAGUAUCUACCCCAGACCAACGGUGCUCCGGGUCAUGUUCCUAUCCAGCCGAGUCUCGGGAGACGAGAGUCGCAAAAGGCCAUCUACCAUGUGCCGAUCCCGCCCCGGAGACCCAGCCCGACGGACUGCAAUUGCGCCAGGAACAUGCCGGGCGAAUUGUUGGAACAAGUCGACCCGUUCCUCGAUAAACUCUUGGCUAACUAUUACGAACACUUCCAUCCCUGCUAUCCGGUCACCGACGAAGAAUGUGUCAUGUCGCGGCUGAAGGACCGAAGUCAAUUGCCUCAGACGUUCUUCGUCAACACAAUAGCCUAUGCCCUGUUCUAUUGGGAUACUUCGCCGGCAUUGGCGGGAUAUGCCCGACCCGACCAGGAUUUCGCCUGGCAGACGGCAGUGGCGGCUAACACCGCCGACAUACAGAAAGGCGAUUUGGCGACCAUCAUCUCCACGUGCAUCGACAUCUCUGGACGGCCCUCUCGGUGCUUGGUGAAAAACGUGGCGGAGGUCGCGCGGGCGGUCGCCCUGUCGCACGCGAUCGGUCUGAAUCACGAUUGUAGUGAGUGGAAGAUCGGUGACAUGGAAAAGAAACUCCGAUGGAAAGCCUGGUGGGGAGUGGUGAUCCAGGACCGAUGGUUCAAUUUCGCCCAAGGGACGCCUCCCUAUAUCUCGAAGGGCCAUUAUGACGUCCCCCUUCCAACGGUGGAGCUGCUCACUCAGGGCAGGGGCGGAUCUGUCAAACACGUUCGUGCCGCCGAAGUUUACAUUCACCUGUGUCGGCUGACGGAAAUCGUUGGGGAUGUCCUCCCACUCAUCUACCACAUCCGGUCGGGAAACGACAGCAUUGCCGCUGAGCAAACUUCGAGAUCAGAAAUCGAACUCAACCGCUGGAUGGAAAGCCGUCCGAGUUGGCUGAAUCUGAGCGACUUCAACAAUCGGCCGCCCGUGCCGGGUCUGGUCAACCUGCAGCUUUCGUAUCUCUCGGUCCGCAUGCUUCUGCGACGCAUAGCCUGGCACGAGAUCAGCCAACGAGAGAGCGAUCCUGCCUCAUCGUGGCUGCUUGGCUGUCAGGCUGCGGCAGAGGAUAUCGUUCGCUUUGUCACUUCGUUGCACAAGCAGGACUUGAUAGGCUUCUGGCUACCCUACAAUGCUCAUCACUUCACGUCAGCGGUGACUCUACUUCUCCGCUGUGCGCUCCAGACCAGCUACUCGAAUGUCCGGACACAGUGCAUGGGAAGCGCCCGGACCCUCGUGGACUGCCUGAGGAAAUUCCACGAAGAACAUCAAUGGGACCUGGCAGAGACGGCCCUGUCGCAGAGUGAGACGGUGCUGAAGCGCAUCGAGGACUCGCUACCGAAGGCGCCGAUGGUGGGGACUCCUAAUUUGCCCCCCGUGUCGAUGCGAGUCGAACCAAGCGACAGGCGUGGCUAUGCGGAUGAGGACAUGCUCGGGGAUCCGCUGCCGGAUGACGGCUUCAUCACGCAACAAGGCCAAGGCUCGAUCGAGGAGUUGUUCCCGGAGAUCUUCUCGGAUUUCACAGACACUGCCUUGUUCGCGAGCUCGAUCCAUAAUGAAUACACCGAUUGA